AUGGACAAUGCCUUCCAGUAUGUUAAAGACAAUGGAGGCCUGGACUCAGAGGAAUCCUAUCCAUACCUUGCAAGGGACACAGAUGCCUGUAACUACAAGCCCAGGUUUGCCGCCGCCAAUAACCCUGGCUUCGUGGAUGUCCCUCAGCGGGAGAAGGCCCUCACGAAGGCCGUGGCGGCAGUGGGGCCCAUCUCUGUUGCCAGCAAUGCCAGCCAUGAGUCAUUCCAGUUCUAUCAAGCAGGUAGACGUGUUUGUCUCCUUAGUGUAGAAAUUCAGGCAGGCAGACCUGGAAACCACCACCAUGACUGA